CAAUGCAGUCCGCUUGUCUCGGCGGGUGGACUGCUCACCCGAUCAAGGCGUUGUUGCAGUGUCUCUGGGUUGCCGACACAUGGCCUGGAUGCUCCAAGACGCUUUGGUGGGAAAAGUCUCACUGUGACGCGGAACGACUUACAAGAUUUCUACAGUCUGCAACGAGGAUAUAGCCUGUAUGGACUAAUGACUUGAUGAUUAUGACGAGCAUACCCGGGGUGGAGAAGGAAGAGAGGUUUCGUGUUUUCUUUGGGACGAUGAUGACGACAACGAUGGGGUUUCAAUUCUGGCGCAGGGCACUAGGGUUUAUGAGCAUGGAUGAUGAAUGAAUCGGGUACGGAGGUACAUAAUUCUAUUUCUGCUUUGGACGAACUCACGACUUGUUGGCGUUAGCACGUAUGUAAAGUUAUGUGCAG